GUUCAGACAAGGUUAUCGAAGAUAAGGGAUCAACUCCUUGAAAUUAACCCUAGUUUGGCCAUUAGGAUCUUCGUUGCGUAUAGAUAUCAGAGUAAAGCGGACCCGAGUAGCGGUAAAUCUGCCAACUGGGGUCCUUGUCCAGUAGAAUCAGCACGAGAUGAGAGAUGGAGUAAAGAAUGGAGGAAACCGAAUCCAGGGAUGCUGCAGGCUGCCAUGCAAUGGGCCGGUGCUUCUCGGCUGGGUACCUUGAUGGUUGGGGACAUGCAAUCCGAUAAGGACGCUGCCGAAGGUGCUGGUGUAAUCUUCCGCUGGGCUCCUGAGUUCUUCAUAAAGGGUAUCGAGCUCCCGCAAAUUGCUGAUGUGGGAACUAUAGUCGAUGAGAAGUUCUCAUCGGCAAGCCUCUGA